AUGUCGCUCUUCUCCUUCUCGACACCAGUCGACAUCGACAUCGUCCUCGAAGAUGUCGACAACCGGCCCACGGUUGAUGUAAAGCUGGACAAGAACAAGCGGGAGAAAUGCCUGCUAUACCUGGAUGGGGAGACCGUAAAAGGCUCGGUGACCAUCCGACCGAAGGAUGGGAAGCGGUUAGAGCACACUGGUAUCAAGGUGCAGUUCGUGGGAACGAUAGAAAUGUUUUUCGAUCGCAACACGCACCACGAAUUCCUCUCCCUCCAGACUGAACUCGCCAGCCCCGGCGAACUCCAACACCCCGUCACCCUUCCCUUCGCCUUCAAGAACGUGGAGAAGCAAUACGAGUCCUACCAUGGCAUCAACGUCAAGCUACGCUACUUCCUCCGUGUCACCGUAAGCCGGCGAAUGCAGGACGUUGUGCGGGAGAAGGAUCUAUGGGUCUACAGCUACAGACAACCACCGGAGAGCAACAGCGUGAUCAAAAUGGAUGUUGGAAUUGAGGAUUGCUUGCACAUUGAGUUCGAGUACUCCAAGAGCAAGUACCACCUGAAAGAUGUCAUUGUAGGGCGGAUAUACUUCCUGCUCGUCCGGCUGAAGAUACGGCAUAUGGAGCUUUCGAUCAUCCGGAGAGAGACGGCGGGUGUGCCGCCAAACCAGUACAACGAGUCGGAGACGCUUGUGCGGUUCGAGAUCAUGGACGGAUCACCGAGCAGAGGGGAGACUAUACCUAUCCGGCUGUUCUUGGGUGGGUUCGAUCUUACGCCGACGUUCCGGGAUGUGAACAAGAAGUUCAGCACGCGGUACUACCUUAGUCUGGUGCUUAUCGAUGAGGAUGCGAGACGGUACUUCAAGCAGUCGGAGAUUGUGCUGUUCAGACAGGCGCCGGAGAACUCGGCACUGGCGCAGCAGCAGGCCAAGGAGAUUCAGGCGAGCUAG